UAUCUCACACACACCGUUAAUACACGUGAUAUUCACUUGCUGCAAGUUUUUGCGGCUACAGAGCUGGUCAAAAGUACAGAUUGGCAGACAAGAUUCUACUUAAAUCUCAAUUUUGGGUGAUCAUUUUAUGUCUUUCUCACUAUUCCUAAUGAUUUCAUCGUCUGUGAACUGCAAGAAGAUGGAAGAACAAUCGUCACGAGUUUUUGGGAAAAGACUCCGGAUGACCGCCAGAGAAAAUAAUUUCACAUAACUUUUUGAUCGAAUAACUAAAACUUCAAUGAUACUUUUUGACCAAUUGUAAAUACGACAUUGAGCAACGAUUUUUCAGAUAUCCAAACGAAAUAAUUAUCUUCGUGAUUUAUGCUUUGUCUUGCUGUUAUAGGUCAUCAGGAUCGGGAAGCGAUCAUGAUUUCAGUGGAAGACAUCGGAUUGCCAGAGUGCGGGAUAUUUUACAAUGUUUUAGGCCAUAAAAACUAAAAUAAAUGAAUUAGUGCUUCGCUUACUAGCAGAGCCAAAUCAAAUUUAUCAAUUUUAAAUAAUUCCUAGAUAGCAAAAGGCGAAUAUCCUGGUUUCUUUAAAUGCAAAUUUCUUUUUCUUUACCCAAUAUGAAAAAGCAAAAGAAAUUUGACCUACAUUUUCAAAAAGGUUUUUAAUUUUCUCUUUUUGCGCGCUUCAAGAUACUCUUGCGAUAUUUAAAAACUCUUUUCUGUGAUUUCAAUAUUAAUUUUUUCAUGUUAUACCUCUGAUAAAUGUAAUUAGGAAUUUAACACAUGAAAAAAAAUAAAUAAAUAAAUAAGAAGGAAGGUUCCUUCUUGGCGAACCGCAACGCAGAUCGCAUAAACGAUACUACUAUCGCAACUCUGUCACUGGGGAGGCCCAAUGGACAUAUCCAGAACCUGACGUUGUUGGCGGUACAGAAGAAAUGGACUUGUGCACCACACCUCCUCCCCCAGACGACGAAAAUCUUCAGCUAAUAGAAGAGGUGUCAAAUGAAACUGAGCAGAAACCUAAAUUGGAUUCAAUGCCAUUAAUUAUUACUGGCGAUAACAAAAUCAUCCAGGUAACAAAGGACGAGUAUAAAAGUUUAGAGGCUCCACCUCCACCUCAGAUUUCCAGUCCAAGUCCUCCGCCACCGCCGCGAAUAUUUGCAGCCGACUUGAAGAAAGGUAAAAAACGACGGGGAAGUACCAAUGAGCGGAGUUUGGACUCAAAAAAAGAAAAAACAGAGACGGCAGGUUCUUCGACCAAUGGAAACGUCAGCGUAGAUCCUCCGCUGCCCUCGUCGCCCCCCAAGAACCCUUCUCAGCCUCCACUCCCCCCGACUCCUCCUCAUCCUGCAGUUGUUCCAAACGCACCUAGCAGUGAGCCCUUACCUCCAGGUGUCGACCCUAAAGAUAUGCCUUAUCCUCUGCCAGCUGUAACUGCGAUAGAGCAGAGCGUUGUCUAUCCUGGGCCAACGCAGCAGACAAAUCCGAUUUAUGCAGCGACGAUCGGUGAUCGAGGGAUAGCUGUUCCAAUCAUAGAUCACCGCUCGACGAUCAUCCAAGGACAACUAAUGCACUACCCAACGUAUCAGCAUUUGCACAAUCAAGCAAUGAUCGCGGCAGCAGGAAGUCUGACGGGCCCGGAAGCUGUACAAUUUGUACUAACAGAUUAUGCUCAAGUUUAUGCCAACACACAGGUGAUUGCCAAGCCACCCGUCAAAUCGCAAACUGAAUCGCUGGGCUCAGCCCUUGAUUCAUUUUACAGCGAUAUCGCAUCUAUCGAAAAAACAAACUCAGGGCAAGAAUCUAUGAUUCAACAAGAAAUUGAAAUACCCCGGAGGGAAGCUGCUACUCCUCCACCCGCAACAUUGCCUAAUACAGUAAUUACGUCAGCUUCGCAUACAGAAAUUGAACAGCCUAACGCGUCUAUAGACGUUACGGGGAAAGAGAAAAAAAAGAAAAAGUCAAAAAUAGGUAUUGGAAAAAAGCAGAAAGAAAUGUCUACCAUGGUAGCAAAGUGGCAGAGAGCUCAGCAGGACUUUGGCGACAGCGAAUAGAACAAGUUACAGCGAUGAAUUCACAAGUUUAUAUGAUUCAAAUUACCUGAUCAACAUACAGUGAGAAUAAAAUGUUAUAAUAUAAGGGCAGAAUAAGUGGAAUUGGAAUAGAACAGUAAACGAUAAGAAUAUAACAUGUAUUAUACUUUGCAGAAUUAAUUUUUAAGACAAUUAAACAUUUUUUAAUUAAA